CACUAUCCAAGCCACACAACGUCUCUGAACAUCACGAUGAACCCCACGUCGCGCUACGCUUACUCGCGCAACGGCGAGCAAGGCCGUGUUGACGAAAAGUGUCUCGUACGCGUGCAGAUCCCCACAGUUGACUCGACCGAUGGCGGCAAGGUGCGCUACCACGUACGUGUCACGAAUAUCCGCUCCGGCCAGGUCUGGGAAUCUCCGCGCCGCUUCUCCGAGUUCCUCCAGCUACGCAACGACCUGAUCGACUUCUUUGCGAAAACCGACAAGAAGUGUCCGGGAUGCCGCAAUUACGAAAAGGUGCUCAAUCUCUUCGAAUUCCCGCGCAAGCACGUCUUCACGAGCGUCACGCCCGUCGUUAUUAACUACCGCAAAAAGGCCCUGCGCAGCUUUGUUGCCCUUCUCGCCUCUCACACUUUCACCACAACUCCCAAGUGCCCCACGUGCAGUGGCUUCCCCUUCGCGAGUGUUCGUGACUGGCUCACGACUGGUGUUGGGACAGAAGCCAACGUUGCAACCGAUGCUGCUACUAGAUCGCCGACGAACGAUGCGAUUCGCGACACGUUGGACGUCAAGGAAUUCACCACUUACCACCCAGUGUCGAAUGCGAUGCCCGUUGACCAAGAAGGUCGCUUUGUUGGCAGUGCCACUCCGAAGUACUCACCUCCGGUCACCAGUCCAACGAAGCAAAUGGACAGCAGACUUCGUAGCCCGCCGCGUCCUCAACCAAAGAAGCUCUCACCCAAGGAAGACCCGAAGUCUCAGCUGCGCUACAGCGAUGGAGCUUCAUCGACCAGUUCCGUCACCGAUCCUCCGUCUCCGCCUUCAGUCGAUGAGUUCGUCAUGCCCACCCCGGCACCUGUCGGAAAGGACGAGGACUAUGAGAACGAUAUUGAAGGAGAGGACGAUGCCGACUUCAACUCAUUUGUGGCGUCUUCUACCACGUCUUCAACUACUUCGGAAGGCAGGAAGGAUCAACCUGCGCGCGAGCCCCCAGCCAGCGAUGACUCGCCGGCUGCACGAAAGGAGACGACGGAGAAAAAGCACUUCAAGUUCACUCGCAGCUCCAUUGGGAGCUACAGCGAACGGUCCUCUGUUCAGCCUCGUGAGAGCAGCAUGAUCAACAUCGACGACGACGAUGAAGACGAAGGCUUGAACAUGGAUUUUAUGAACUCGGUGUAUGUAGCGCCUGCUGCCUCCAAAUAACUAAAAACGACAUGAAAAAUGCGAGUCAUGCCCUGUUUGCU